AUGGCCGCGUUUUGCGGCUUGUGUCUUACGAAAACGGUCCGGAAUUUUUCACUCUUGUUUGGGAAAAACGUGGCGCUUGCAUCGAUUGCGGGAAGGAGAACGUAUUUUCGUGCUCCAGGCAGUACGGAUGAGGAAAGUUUUGAUGAAAUGUUUCGUAAUUCUAACUUUGUGAAGUUAGGAAGACCUCAGGGAAAACUUGUGGCAGGGAGGAUUACUCACAUUGUGGAACGUGACGACGAUAAGACAGAUUUGUACGUAGAUUUUGGAUGGAAAUUUCACGCGGUCUUUACCCGAGGUAAAGAGAAAGGAAGGUAAGUGUAGUAAAUCUAGUAACUCUUUGACGAUUUUCAGCACUCUUCAUUUGAAAAAGUGCAAGCUAAAUUUCACCGCCGAUCCCUAAUAUUUAUGAGUGUAACACUUUUUUUAUCCCUUCAGAAAUUUAUUCUUGUUUUUCUGCCCUUCAAAAAUUGACAUUUUAGAAGAUAAUUCCCUUCAAAAGAACCUCUUUCCUAGUAUUGACCCACUGAGAAAAUUUCUCAGGCAACAAUCUUCUGGGGGGUGGGGGGCUCUGAAGGUGUGUUACUCCAGGCCCAGACAUUUUAAAAUUUUGAAGCACUAAAAUAGAAUUCCCAGCAUUUGGCAUUCUGGGAACUAAACUGAGUAAAUAAAGGAACUUUUCUUAUCCACAGCAGCAAUUUUUCUUUGUGUUUACAAUAUUGACCUGAAAUGAGCUAAAAUUGCAGUAUGUAUGCUAAUAUAAAUUUUCAAGAAAACAAUGAAUAUGAACAGAAUCACUAUCAGUAGUAGUACACAGCUGUAUAUCACGCGUAUAUCCAACUAGUGGUCUAUUAUCAAUGCUGCGUUCUGAUUGGGUGAGCUACUACUAGGCUAUAUGUUAUAGCCCACUAGUAGCAAAGCCGGCUUUGAAAACCAAAACAAUGGCAGCUGAAUUGCGUUUUGCUAGCUAAAGUUGUUUUGUCUCAAUAUUUAUGACCAACUAGUUGGAUUUUACUAAAACAAUUAUUCCUCCUGCCCUCAUUGCCUCUGAGUCAAUAGCGCAUUCGGCCUGCUAUUGACUCAGAGCCCACUUGGGCUAGCCUGCGAAGCGCCAGACGCAUUUCCGGUCGUCGCUUCCCUCCCUGUGUCUGGCGCUUCGCAGGCUAACUUGGGCUCGAGGAAUAAUUGUUAAAAAUGUAGCUGUUAAAGUCACUAUUUAUGAUAAAUUCAUGGUAAUAAAUUAAAGGGGUAAGUGAAAUAAAGGUAAUACUGUGUCUCCUCAUCUAUGACACAUUAUGCCCUUAAGUAAUAAGCAUAUGAAAAGAAAAUUGGAAGGAGAAUUUAUCAGCUAAUCAAACAUCACUCACAGACUUAAUUCUAGGUACCACUUCAACUACUGUUAAUAUCAUUAUUAUACCAAAUUAGAAAAUCACAUUGAUCAGAAUUAUCAACAAGGAAACAGGAAAAAAAUUCUAAGUUCCACAAGGGAUUUAAACCCACAACCCUAAUAUUUUGUCAUUUGUUGUUAUUUCAACAGCAGUGUGACUGUGUAAUACAGUUCAUAUGUCCAAACCCACAGAAAAAAAACCCUGCCCACCCAAUAGCUGUAUGAUAGGAACAUCCAAUUGUGAGGGCCUGUUGUGGUAAAAUUCCAAGAAGCUACAUAGGCUUGAAAUAGCAAAACAAGGCUAAAUGAAAUGUCGACAAAUGACAUAAUGAUGGGUUAAAUACUGACAGCAACAUGGCCUACUCCUCAAAACAUGAAAUACCAUAAAAAAUUAUCUGAAAUUCAGACUUGGGACAUAAGUACCCCCCACUCCCCCCGAAGAGGGCCUCACUUGUAGACUGGAGAGUUAGAUGUUUCCAAUCCCACCUGGAGCGUUUCUGAAACUUUCUGCUUUUUAAAUUUGUCAUUAUUUACAUUAUCAAGCAGUAAUAAAAAUUAUAUUUUUAUCAACCUGGGCAUCAUUAAUAAACUCUUUUCAUUUGUUUACAGUCACUACAAGGUUAAUGAUCUUGUCAAGAUUAAGCUGAAGGCAUUAGAGACCACAGGACACUUCUUAGGACAAAAUAGGAGGGUGACAUUGUGUGAAGCAGAUGCCAAUCUUGAAGGAAAGUUAAAUCCUGAUAGAACAUACAGAGUGUUAGAAAGGGAUUAG